GCUCGGUAGGUGCGGGCCGGGGCGCGGCGGUGGCGGCGGUCCCCGGGGACGGGCGGGGGGGAACGGGCCCAGCUCCGGGUGCUGCCGGGGCCGCCCGGGGUCCCGGUGUGCGGGAGGGGGCAGAGCGGGCGGCUUGCCCUUCGGAAGCUCGUCCCCGUUACCCGUAGCGCGUUGUAUCGGUACCACCAGCAGUUCAGGACACCCGCAGGGUGCGGUGCCUCCUCCGCUUGUUGCGUUUAUGUCUUAAUUGUUGUGGUUAAUAUGCGAAUUUUCAGCUUUGGAAGGGCUGUUCGGGCAGAAAGCGUGUAAGAAAAUGAGCAAAAAUAGCAAAACUCACAUCCCGCAGGCCUGAAAGGCAAGAACGGUGUGAUUUUUCCCCCAAAACAGACCAAAACCCCCCUAAACUACAACAAAACCCAGCUGGUUGGAGACAGAAGCUCUCUUUCAGCGGACCCUGCCCUUGGUGGAGUCCACCAGCCACGGGAUGAUGCCCGCGGGCAGUGGGAGGUCUCUGGCUGGGACAGAGCCUGUGUUGUCCAGUGGGUGUUGUGCAGCUCUUUGGCAGGCGGCUUCUGCUGACGUGGAAGAGUGGAGGGAUCGCUUUCCUGGAGAGAUCCCGGUGGACCUUCCCCCAUUGGAAUGAAUGAAACAGCCACUGUCUUCAUCUCUUAUCUGUGCACCCAGUCGCGGGUUGUGUUUCUGUGCCGCCCCGGCGCUGAGAGCCUGAGGCUUGGCAUCAUCCUGUCCCAAUGGCUGUGGAUGUGGGAAAAUCGCUUUCCGAAGCCUCACUGAGCGGGAAGGCCGAGAGCAGCGGUAGGUGGGACUGUGCAGAGGUGGAGACGGACUACCCGGAGCUUGCACACAGCCUGCGCCGGGUUGUAGGGGCAGAGCAGACCAAGCUGUGCCUGCAAGGGAUGGACAGCGUGGCAGUGAGCGGACACGGUCGCUUGGCCACUGGUGUUACCCAGGGAGGCUCAAGCUAUCUCCAAGAAGUGACUUCAGCAUCCUCAUCCAGACUUCCCAGAGCAAGAGCAAGCCUCUUGGAGAUAGAGACAUUGAUCUAUGGAGGCACUGACGGUGGUGAUGUGCCUCGUCACGUUAGACGCCGGUUCCUGUCCUCAGAGGAGCCGCAGGUGAAGGCAUCGGGCUGUUGGGAGCCGGGGUCCAGCCCUCCCAGCUCUGCAGAGGAGAGCAUCCUUGCUGAUAGCUACCACGAUGCCUGCGCUGGCCGGCAAAGCCGAAGGCUGGGAGCUCAAUCCCCACUUUCCUCCACGCUGGAGCUCCUGCAGCCCCAGAGCCCGCCAAGCCCCAAGCCCACCCUGCAGAGCCGCUCCGCAUCGAGCUGCUCCACUUUGUCUGUGGAAGAGAACGGCCUCUCCGAGGAGCUGUCCCGGAGCUUGCCGGCCAGCAUGGAUGUGCCUUCCCCUGCCACCACCGCCACCACCCAGGACCUGUGCCGCCAGGGGGGACCAGCACAAGGCAGGGCACUGCGGGUGCGGAAACCCUUCAAUGCUCUGCUUGACUACCGCAGCACCGUGGAGCGCAUCAGAGGGAUGUCAUCCUAUCAAGCUGAUUACUGGGCAUGUGCCAUACCGGAUUCAUUACCCCCGUCUCCAGACCGUCGUUCACCCCACUGGAACCCCAAUAAGGAGUAUGAGGACUUGCUGGAUUAUGCUUAUCCGCUGAAGCCAAGAUACAAGCUGGGGAAGGUGCCAGACCCUUUCUUCCAUGACUCAGGAAUAGGUUUGGACAGCUUUUCUCUUUCCCCUGAAGGCACGUCGAGGUCCACCAGCAUCUACGGCCGAGGUGGGCAGGCUCAGGGAGGCAGAGAAAAUGGACGUUGGGGGUUCAUGGCCUCUGCAGAGAGGUUCUCCACCCCGAGGCCUGGAAAAAGAGGCCGCUCAUCCUAUGAACCUUUACCUAUUGCAAAAGCAUCCUCCACAAGAAGUGCUUCCUCUCAUCCUUCAAGAGGCUUUGCUAAGGAUGGAACGACGGAGUCAGCUGGGACGGGCUCAUCCGGCCGCCCUGCUGCGGAUGAGAGAAGCUGGUGCACCAGAGGGAGCCCCUUCCCAAAGUACGAAGGGCAGGCAAAAAGCACUGGUAGGUUUUUACCUACAACAGCAGUGCUCCCCCUGAGGAAGGAGUGGGACAGUGAUGAAGAAUUCCUCUCCCUGCCUCCGAGACUGCGGGAGCUGGAAAGGCUGGCUCAGUUCUUGUCUGAUCUUUCCUUAACUAUAAGGACUCCUGGGCACGACCACCGUGAACUUCCAUGUCACAGCAACAGCAGGCGGCCCCUUUCAUCCCAGUGGGCUCCUUUCGGAGGAGUGGGUGGCAGGGAUGAAAGAGGGAGUUUUGAGGGUUAUGCUGGGCUGUGGCGCCCCUGCAGCUCUCGGAAGUCCAGCCAGGAAAACACUGAAUCGUGUGGCCACAUCCAUAGGGAUCCUCUGCAGGGGCUUCAUCUACCGGCUGGUCUCAGAGACACAUUGGAUGGGACAUACCUAAAUGAACCAUGGGUCAAGGGGCAUCCCAAGAAGAGCCAUCAGAGCGAGUCCCUUGCCCAGUGCGUUAAGAUGUUCUGCUGCCAGCUGGAAGAGCUAAUCCGCUGGCUGUACAACGUGGUGGACAUCACUGACAGCUGGGUACCACCCUUGCCGGACGCCAAGAGCGUGAAGGCAUCACUGCACCGCUACUUGGAGUUCAGGAAGGAUGUGGCCGACCACCGGAGCCUGACGGAGAGCGUGCUGGAGAAGGGAGAAGCUCUCCUCGACUGCAUGGCAUCGAAUUCACCAGUUCUGAAAGACAUGCUGGGUUUGAUUGCGAAGCAGUCAGAAGAGCUGGAAACCCACGCAGAGCACUUGUACGAGUCCGUUCUAGCUGCCGUGGGCCCCAUGCAGGGCGAGGAUGGGAUGGAGGACAAGGGCGUGCAGCAGAUGGCUGCUCAGUGGGUGCUGCCUCUAUCAGACCUGGGCUUGGUCAGCCAGGCACGGGAUGGCUGAGAACGGCAGCAAGCACCAAAGCACCUCCUUCCCCUCCCGCAGAGAUGCCAGAACACGUACAAGCACCGUGUUGGGAGUUAGCCAGCCGGGGCUGAUUUCGGGUUGGUUUUUUACUGUGGCUUGAGAAAGGUGAGCUGUACAGCAGUUAUUUGGCUGCUGGGGUGUGUAGUUCAUAGUUCUGCGAGUGAGGAAUGUGCAGCUGGCCUUUUAGGGUUUGUUUUUUAAUGUAGCUUUCCUGGUGUUUUUAAUCGAAAUGGCUUGUUCCGUGUGUCAGCAGAACGUCAGGAACACACCGGUUUUUAACUGAGUAAUCCACCGUGUGCCGUGCAACUCACUCCUAAGUAAAGCCGUGUGAUUUUAAUA